GCCUUUCGUGAGCCCAAAUUCAUCCUCUCUUCCCGACCUCCCCUCCUCCCUUCCGCCCUACUACGCUCCCUCUCUUCUUCGUUACCUCUCACUUUCAAUUUCUUCUGACCUUCUCAUCCCCCCCUACCUUUCAUGUACACCUUCCCUCCCUCAUCCUCAAAAUACCUCCUUUAUAACCAUCUCUCUCUCAUAUAGUUUUCUCCCUACUACUUCAUUACACAGGAAGAUGAGCCUCAGACCCUCGUCAUGAUCGCGUCCUCUUACUUCAAAGUAUCUACGAUCCUCCACUCAACAGUCAUCAUUCGGUAGACGUCCUCUCUCGGCAGACGCAAACCCAAGAACCGAAGAGAAGCAAAGUACAGCUUCGUUUCAGCCAUUUCAUAACUCUGAUCCGGCUGCUCCCCCACCAUCUUACCAACCAUCCUACACUUCUUCUCUGUUUCCUUUCUCUCGCCAACCUUCCCUCCCUCCCUCCUACCCUCCCUCUUAUCCUCCCUCUCUUCCUCCUUCCGUUUCUCCCUCUCUUCCCCCUUCUGUUUCUCCCUCUCUUCCCCCUUCUGUUUCUCCCUCUCCCUCUCCCCUUCCCUCUCUUCCCUCCACCUCUAAUCCUUCGCCCCAUCCUCCUCACCGCCACUGAUUCUCCCUCUCCAACGUAUGAAAUGCGUACACUUACCGACACUACUGAAAACCUACCCGAAGACAACAAUACAACAUAUGAUACACCACAAGAUUGCGAAGAGCCUUCAUCAAGCAGAGUGGCAGCAAAAUUGUCAGCCAUGGGUCUUACUGAGACUCUAGACUAUCACAGUCAGGAUGAAGAUUCCAGUGAUGAAAACGAAGAAGAAGAAGAGGAGGAAGAGGAGGAGAGGGAAGACAAGGAAGAAGAGCCCAUGGUCGACCUGCCACAGGUGGUACCAUUCAGUAGUGCUGAUGAGGAAAGUAUAACUGGCAGAGUGGCACCUGCUGCAACUGUGGACGACACUACACCGACAAAGGGGAUCAAACCAAAGCACAUUGAUGUAGGGAAUCUGAAAGAUUUUGUGAUGAGGCCAGCUCCGGAGGGAGUGGCAGUGAAAUGCCGGGUCUCUAGAGACAAGAGAGGAAUGGACAAGACGAUGUACCCAACCUAUUUACUUCACCUUGAGCAGGAAGACACCGGCGAAAAGGUCUUCUUGCUUGCAGCAAGAAAGAGAAAGAAAAGUCGAUCUUCUAACUACCUUCUCUCAACCAACCAAACUGACCUCUCGCGAGGAGGAGACAAUUAUGUGGCCAAGCUAAGGUCUAACUUCCUAGGAACAUCUUUCACUGUGUACGAUGAUGGAAUAAACCCCAGCAAGAGACAAUCGAGACUGAACCGUUCUGCCACCAGAGAAGAAAUGGCUCUUGUCCACUAUGUACGCACAAAUGCUAAAACCACCCGCAGCAAUGCAUUGUCUGAAAUGUCCUUGUUUCAUUCAACACAAUGCAAACGCAAAAUCUAAGGCCAAAUGUAUGCAGAUUUUGCCAGCCCUGCCUGCUUAGGUGCCCAGGUAGCCCAGUAGGAAGACAAAAUUCCAGUCACAUGAUUAAUUUUUAUACUUGGCCUUCCCAAAGCAGCUAAAGGUGUUAGCCUAGGUGUCUAUAUUUGCCUUGCUUUGACACUUCAUGAUUUCACCUGCAAGCUUACUCACACUUACUGAUCAGGACACUAAUGUGCUGGGAUUCAAGGGACCUCGGAAAAUGAAAGUGGUUAUCCCAGCCAUGUCUACUGACAAAGAGAGACUAUCUGUCAAACCUAGAAAGGAUAGUGAGACAUUACUGGAGAGGUGGAAGAAUGGACAAAUGACUGACCUUCUAGAGGUGCACAACAAGCAGCCAACAUGGUCGGAAGAGACACAAGCCUAUGUGUUGAAUUUUCAUGGAAGAGUGACACAGGCAUCGGUGAAAAACUUUCAACUUGUUCAUUCAGCUGAUGAAGGCUACAUUGUGGUGCAGUUUGGGCGUGUGUCAGAGGAUGUCUUCACACUUGACUACAAGUACCCUGUGUGUGCAGUCCAGGCCUUUGCCAUUGCACUCAGCAGUUUUGACUCAAAACUGGCUUGCGAAUGAUUUUUCCAUCUUUGAAAAAAAGAAAUUUU